CAACAACAACGACAACAACAACAAUCCAUCGAGCGACAAAACCAAAACGCGCAAGGCGAACACCAGAGGCGCGAUCUGGCCCAACGGAGCGCCCCCCGAUUCAGAGGCCAACCACCGCCCCCGCCGCCGGCAACCGCCGUCUCCGGUUGCCCCCUCUCCGGCGACCUCCGCCGCCGUCCGCGUCCGGGAGCGUCCACCACCCCCCGAUUCGGAGGCUGGGUCGCUGAGACUCGAGGCGACGAAUCGUAUCGACAGCUAUGCAGAGUCAGCUUGUCUGCAGUGGCUGUCGAAGCCUUCUUCUUUAUCCAAGAGGGGCUCCAAAUGUUUGCUGUGCAUUAUGUAGCACAAUAACCUCUGUUCCUCCUCCUGCCUUUGCAGGUUCAGAUAUGGCCCAGCUUAUAUGUGGAGGUUGCAGGACACUGCUUAUGUACACUCGUGGGGCAUCCAGUGUGAGAUGCUCCUGCUGUCACACUGUGAACCUUGCACCAGUUACACCUGCUUCCAAUCAAUUUGCUCAUGUAAAUUGUGGAAACUGCCGGACGAUGCUGAUGUACCCAUAUGGGGCUCCAUCUGUGAAGUGUGCAAUCUGUCACUACAUUACUAAUGUUGGUACGGGCAGUCCGAGGGUUUAUGUUCCAUCACAAAGACCCGAUGGACCACAGUCAGGGACAACACCGUCUACUUCAACGUCAAUGCCCCAAUCUACUCAAACUGUUGUGGUUGAGAACCCCAUGUCUGUCGACGAGAGUGGCAAACUGGUGACUAAUGUCGUCGUCGGCGUCACAACGGAGAAAAGAUGAUCUAUUUCCAUCAGUUGAAUAUGGACAUGGGGAUUGGUUGUGAAUACGAUGUGAGAAGGACAUUGACAUUAGUACUUCCAGUACAUUCAGAUUUCUGUCACUGUAUUGAAGAUCUUGUCAAACUUGGCUCAUUUGUUUGGCCCUAUAAUGCUUGUAGAGUGAAUAAAAGUCUUGAUAUUCCUAGAUGAGCUAUGAUAAAAAGGUGAUCUACUUUUGUCAGUUGAA